AUGGCGAGCCUCGUCGUCCGCGACAAGACACGAGGCACGUCGGCGCUCGGCGCAUGGGCCUCGCUCUUUGCCGCACCGGCCGACCCCGUUGCGGCCGUGGCAGGGCACGAAGUAUACGGCGAUGCCCUCGACGAGCCGCAACAGGACACAUUUACCACGCACGAUCCAGGCGAGCUCAAGGACGGCACAGAUGUCAGGACGCUGCAUACGUGCAUGGAUGCAUGCGUGCGUGCGUACCGCGCCGACGCCCUCGAGCGGCACAGUGAGCCACUCGAUGCGUUUGUGCCGCUAUUUCAGCUCGUCGAAGUGUCACUUGCCUCGCCCGUCAUGCUCUACCGCCUCUGCAUCCGUGGCGCAGUGUACGAUGAUGCACCCCUUGCGCUGCUUCGCAUGUGGCUCGCCGACGCUAGUCUUCCGGUGCUUGCGCGCACGCGCCUACGUGACAUUGUCUAUGGGGCACUCGAUACCGCCGCCCUGCACCUCGAGGCGGCGCAGCGCCAGGCAGACAAGGAAGAGGCCGUGGCUGUGUACGAGUCACGCUAUACCCACCAGCCCAUUGCCGUGACGGACUGCGCGUUGUUGGCGAUGGAUGCUUGCGACGAGGAUCCCCAGCGCAUUGCGCGUAUCGCUCGCUCGGUCGAUCGCCGUGCAUGGAAGCAGCGGUCGGAGCGCGUCGCGUCCAUGCCGACGGACCGCCUUGCAUCGCUCGCAUCGCGCACCAGCUCGGCACUGAGCUGGCGCCUCGCGCAACACACACCGAGCGGUGCGUCGCAGCGUGCCGCACAAGCGCCAUCGUACAAUAACGACGAGACGCUCCUUGCCCUGCUCGGCGCAUUAGAACAUCUGUGGAAGGCGAACCGUGCCCGUCCCGCUGCGGCGCAGUGCGGUAUUCAUACCUUUUAUGCGGUCGCGACCGAGCUUCCGUUUGGUCUCGACGAGUACGUCGGAUGGGUCAAUGCACCGGCAUCCGAACAGGGCAUAUACCCACUUAUGGACCACCCCUAUGUCCUGAGUCUCGGCACCAAGGUGCAAGUCAUUGCAUGGGAGUCGCAGCAGGCCUUGCGACAGGCAUCCACGUACGCGUGGAUGUAUCCCCAGACAUCGACGCGCCAUGCGAUUGCCGACGGACUCCAAACGGCCAGCGGCAUGCACAGCACGCCCCGCGCGCCAGUGGGCGACCAAGGCACGCUUGCUUUGCAGGUGCGCCGCGACUACCUUGUCGAAGAUUCCAUGGGCCUACUAGGCCUCGAUGCACUGGAGCUGCAUCGCCCGCUCAAAAUCACCUUUGUCGACGAGAUUGCGCAGGAUGCGGGCGGCUUGCGAAAAGAGUACCUGCUCCUGCUGUGCGAAGAGCUAUGCCACCCCACGCGCGGCCUCUUUUGCGAUAUCAACGAGGCACCGCUGCAUGGCGUGCUGUGGUUUGCCCCCAAACCGCUGGGCGAAUCGGAUACACUGCCUCUCUACGAACUGCUUGGCAUGGUACUGGGCCUCGCACUGCUGCACCAAGUGACGCUUCCGCUGCGCUUCCCCGAGCGCAUGUAUGCGUCACUGCUGCACCGCGUAGUGCACCAUGCGCCCCCAGCGUGUACGCUCGACGCGCUGCGUGCCGUGCACCCUCAGCUGGCGUCCGGACUCGAGCAGCUGCUGCGCUACGAGGAUGCGCAUACCUCGGUCGAGGACGCGAUGGGCAUGACAUGGUCCGUGCACUAUGCUGACCGGCUGUACGAGCUUGCGCCUGGCGGCGACGCGCAGAGCGUCACGGCCGCGAAUCGCGAGGCGUACGCCACGCGCAUCGCCGAGUGGAUGCUGCACGACGCGAUCGAUGCGCCGCUCGGCGCACUUGCGCGUGGCUUUGCGCAGAUCUGUGCGCCUCCCGGCGCGCGCCUUGCGCGGACGCCCCUUGCGCUCUUUCUCCCUGCGGAGCUCGAGACGCUGCUGCGUGGCCGCGACGAGCACUUGCUGGAUGUGAGCGCAUUGCGGGCGAGUACUGCGCACGUCGGCUUCCCUCCAAAAGCCACACACGGUCCCUCGGCCGCGCACGAGAAUCUCGAUGCGUUCUGGGACGUGUGGCGCGCGCUCGACGCGCCGUCGCAGCACGCGCUGCUCGGAUUCAUCACGGGCAGCCCCCGUGUGCCGGCGAUGGGCGCGGCGUGCAUCGGUCUGCGUAUCCAGCACGUAGACGACCCCUAUGCGGCACUCGGCGCGGCGACCGAGCGCGUGCCGUGGAGCACAUAG